AUGGAACGGCAAGUCCAGCCCUAUUCUUACCAUCUUGAUAGGAACAGUGCAUGGGACACAUCUGACGACCUGUAUGUCACUGUCGAACAGCUCUCUCUCCUGGCGAUCCUCGGCGAUGGUCUCCCUGUCAAGGGUGUCCCGGUUGAACCGGUUUACUACGAUGCGAAGGGAUACCAGGUGUAG